CACACACACACACACACACACACACACACACACUCACACACAGCAGAACGUGAGUGGAUUGUUUGCUUUGACAACAGAACGUGAUGGUACUAACAUUAAUUAUUAACACAGAGUGGAAUAUGGCAUGCACUUUCACUUCUAUGAAACGCACUCACCAUGCACGCCGACGACUAUAGCAUGAGUCUUGCUAAAACGUGAUUAGAACGUGAUCAGACUAAUCAGCACGUAUCUAUUGUUCUUCGUUCGAGUUGAAGUAUGACAUUCUUGCUUUUUCUCACCUUGGCUGUCAUUUCCACAGCGCCGGCAAGACCACUCGCAGAGCACAGUCUAUCGGUAAAUAUGACGGUCUUUUCUAACGGUGAGAUCGUGAACAAUGGAGUGGUGAUGGAAGGCUCUAGCGUGGACAUCAUCUGUUCGGCGGCAUAUUCUAUGGAAGAAGCGGUAUAUCUGUUCAAGAUUUUGCAUUACGAUAACGGUUACAACAAGGAACGUAUAAUAAAUGUUUCUCAUGUCAAUAAUAAUACUCGGUUACCACGCUUCACAUACACUAUAUUCAAUAUUACAAUGGAUCAGUUUGGCAUAUACGCGUGCCGUGUAUUUGCACUAGACAAUCAGCAAUAUCAGGUUGUUUAUGGAGUUCAUUACGUCGUGGUUAUGAUUGCUCCAACGCUUACUUCGUACAAUACAACGGCAGUUGAAGGAGAUCGUGUUGUUCUUCUUUGCCCUGGCAAAAAUUUUGACUCGAUUAUAUGGAAAUCUAACAAACGUGAUGUAUACAACGAUUCAUUAAUACUCUUCAAUGGGAACGGUACUAACAAGAUGAUCAUUAAAAGGAUUUCUCGUGAUUAUGCUGACAUUUACAAGUGCAGAGCGGUUGCUAGAGAAGUAGUGACGGACGUUGUCGCUCAUAUACAACUGGUUGUCUUUUAUCCAUCAAGUAUCUUGGAGCAUCCUUCUAACAAGACCGUUACUGUUGGUGAAUCGGUCGAGUUUCGAUGUGUUGUGAACGGUCAUCCUACUCCUUCGAUUACAUGGAAACGAAACGGAUUUCUGUUAGAUUUGCGUCAGAGUGAGCUUGACAAGUAUGUAUCUAAAUACUACGAAUCAAACGUGGGGUCGAUAAUCACGCUGGAAGUGAAAAACGUAGAACGUGAAGAAGAAAGUGACUAUUACACUUGCAAAGUAGAAAAUGAUUAUGGAAUAUUAGAAUCAAGGAAAGCUUAUUUGCUAAUUACAGCAUUACAAACAUCUGCCAUUACCCCUGUUGCUGCAAGAAAGUCUACUUCAUCUACCAACAGUUUUGGUUCAGGGUCGGCGGUAGAACUGACAUCAGGAGACGAGGAUUCUAAUGUAAUUCAAACUAAUUUGCAUUUUGAAUCAACAGAUCCGUCGUCUGAAACCUCAAUCCCAGAAUGCAGUGAGCCGUAUGAUCAACCUACCAAUGUUACAACGAAAAACGACAUCGAAUACGCCGUGAACAACAAAUUUCCUAGGAACAGCAAUAGCAGUCUGUAUACAGUUGCAAUACCUGUAGGAAUACUAGCAGCAAUUACAGCAGCAUUUGUUACCAUUGCUAUUUAUCAAAAACUAGCACGCAAACGGAGUGUAGUGUCGAAGCCAAGAAGUAAUAUACCACGGCGCCAUCAAGAAGAAAUGCGUGAAUCAAAUUACUCGGUGGAAAGUACUGUUCAUCCAUUUGAAGGAAAUAUUUUUCCGUUUACUAUUGGUCCAGAAGGAGGCGAAUAUCGAGCAGGAGGCAUUGCAAUCUCUGUUCCUGCAGGCGCUUGUCAAACAUAUGAACAAAUAACAGUUCAAUCGGUAUUUAAAAACGAACCGAUUACACCGUUAGACUCGGAGACCUUUCGCUUUAGUGGAGAUCUUGUGCUUGAACCUCAUGGGCUGCAGUUUCACGUGCCGAUAGAAAUUCAAUUUCCUUUUACCGCAGUUCAGCGAGGAUGGACAAUGUUCUUAAUGAGAGAAGAGCCUGGAAAGGGAUGGACGACUGUACUUUCUUUUGAUGGCGACACUGGUCAAGUUAUCGAACGGGACAGUCAUUGUGAUUACGACCCUAAUACAAAUACGUUAAAAUUGAGCCACUUUUGUAAAUAUAGCUGGUGUGGAUGCCGGAAAGAGAAUGCUACCAGUUCAAUGAAAGUCUUAGAUUGUCUGUUUUUUUCCAAGAUGACUACGUCAGGAAACAGCUGCGACUUUGUUCUUCAUUUUUGCGAUGAUUGUCGUGACAUAUACAAAGAAGUUAAAAAAAUGGAAACUAUUGAAAGACAUCCUAGGUUUAAUUUCGCAAAUCGGCGAAGAAUUUUAAUUUCUCGAGAGGGCGAUCUAAACGUUAAAGUGAUAUCAAGUCACUUCAAAGUGGACGACAUACCGGAGUUUUUCAACCAAGCUGCAAUCCAGAUUCCAUUAAGCUUCUUGUGGCCUGAACAACACUGUGGAACGCUUUGUAAAGUUUCUUUUCGUGCAAAUUUACCAAAAAAUUUGGCAGAAAUGGAAGAUGACCCCAUACUGGCUGUCGACGUUACAGCCGCAGAUCAAGUAAAAAGGCUGGACGCAAUCAUCAACCGUCCACAACAGCGUUCAAACACUAGUACGUUAUCACGUAUUUCUCUUGCUGAAAGCUCGAACUCGCUACAAAGCGACCUGUCGAGUGGACGGGGCUCAAUAUCACCACGUCAAGCAUCUUCAGACAGUGUUCAUGAUUUGUUUUCAUCUCCGGCAAGAAAGCCAGACGAGCUGCUUCGACCCCGAUCACUUGAUUGUUUAGGUCCCAAUGAAAUCAUGAAUGAAACCAACAGUGCAAACAUAUUUCAAAAGUUGUCUGACAACUUGGGUCAUAACUGGAAGUGUCUUGCUCGAUGUUUGCAUUUGCAAGAAGCCGAAAUUGAGAACAUCGAAGCAGAUUAUAGAGGGCAGCAGAAAGAACAAGGUUACUACGUACUCAAAACAUGGGCCAAGAAACAGGGAGCUACAAGAGCAGUUCUCUUCGAUGCACUCAUGGCUGUUAUUCCUAGCGGGUCGAUUUUCGAUUGCCUGUGACUUACAAAUUGCGUGGGAUUUUAGAACAAGCAAAGCAUGAAUAGUUACUCGUCUUUCGCAACUCACACUUUAUAUGUUAGUGUGCAUGCAUGUAUAGAUGCUCUAGAGCAAUAUGGCGUGUUUGCUGCUCAUACUGACAGUCACAAAUUAUGUAUAUCACGAAAUUAAGCGAUAGCAUGUGUGGUGUUAGAUAACAAACUAUAGACUUAUUCUUGGUGGGGUUUUCGUGAGUUAAUAUUAACAAAAGAAAUUAA